CACAUUUGUCACGGGUCCCCUGGGGUCUCAACAAGAGCAAGAAGUGCUAUCGGUUCUUGUUCCCAUAGACUGUUUCUUCCUCUGCGCAGUACGCUCUCUGGCAAGCAAAAUGGAUUUUACAUUUGAAGAGGAAUUAUUGCAAAACUUGACACUGGGCUCUCCUGACACUGACAUUCAGGCUCCUCUCGUCAGUCAAGCAGCAUCCAUCAGCGGCGGGAACCUUUCUGCAUCUGUACCGCUGUCACUACCUGGCGUGAAGAAGUCCUGGCAUGAGAACAUCACUCAGGACCUGAGGAAUCAUCUAGUGCACAAGCUGGUUCAAGCCAUAUUCCCCAACCCAGACCCUGCAGCACUGCAGGACAGACGCUUGGGGAACUUGGUUGCUUACGCAUGUAGAGUUGAAGGGGACUUCUAUGAGUCUGCCAACAGCAGGGAUGAAUAUUACCACUUACUGGCCGAGAAGGUCUAUAAGAUCCAAAAGGAACUAGAAGAGAUGAGAAAGUCCAAACUUUCAAAGCCACUCCCAAACACUCAGGAUCCUUAACAGUCUGAUUUCAUCAGUCCAAAUCUACAGGACCUGAACAAACCAUCGGCCAACAAGUUAUUUUAUUGGACCAAAUCAGUCGUGUGUCACCCAGAAUGUAGAAGGACUGAGGGAUCUCAUUGGAGUUUAUAAUAACAGUCAGUGUGUGCAGUUUCAUGAGCAUGAACAUACAUCUGUUAUUCUUGAUUUGUUAUGUCCAUGUUUAUUUCAUAGUUUUUCUCAUGUGUAUACAGGAAUAUUUACUCUAUUCUGUGUAUUACUUAUACUUACCAUUUCUGAUUGUUCUUUGCUCUUUACAUUCUGUUGUUGAAUGUUAAUGUCAAGUUAGAGGAAUAAGUGAAUGUCUCCACCUAAAGGUUUUCAGCGUCACCGGAUGAUGUUGUGAAGCAGUAAUUCUCUGUGGUCUUUGUAUGAUAUAACAACACUUUGUGCUGAAUUUGUGCUGCUCAAAUGAAGACAGACUGAGCAUUAAGAUAGACACAACUGACAUUAUUGAAUAAACUUAUUUUUUAAAUCACUUAUGUUCUCCGGAUUCCUCCGUCAGCUGAGUUGACAUGACAAAGUUGACUGGUUUUGGAUUUCAGACAAAACUCUGAUAUUUAGACAUAUCUUUUGAUGGACAGCGAUCUGCUAAAGAGGCUGGCUGUUCAUUUUACUGUAAUCCUUGUAUUAAACAUUUGUUGGCAUUAA